AUGGAACAAGUUUUUAAGACUGAUUUUAAUUUUCCCGGUAAUAUAAUAGAUCUGACCGAUUCUUAAUAAGAACAUGAAGAGGAUUCGCUAUAGAAUAAACCCCUUGAUGGACUUACAGAAAGAAUAUUGAGAAAACGAAAAAAUGGACCUUUACAUUAAUCAUUAUAUGAACAAUUAAUCUAAGAUCCUAUAUAUUAAAGCUGUGUUUAAAAUGAAUUCCUAUUCAUCAAACAUCUUGAGUCACUAGGGUUCACUGACAUAUAUGACUAUUUGAAAUAUUGUAAUAAAAAUGGGCUACUCCUUGAAGAAGAAGCACUCAAAAGUAUUCUUAAAAUAUGAAUUCUAGAAAAUAACCUUAAACCUCCUUAAUAGAAAUAUAACAUAUACUAAUGCAAAAUUAUUCAUGAUAAAAACACAGAUUUCAAAAAUAUUUAACAAAUUUUGAGUGGAAUGAAAUAACUAAAAAAGACAAUGAAACUUGAGUAAAAAUGCAAAAAGAAUCUAAAUAUUGAAUUCUUUACUAGCAACGAUACAAAAAGUUUUGCUAUUCAUUCAACAAAAUAACAUAGAUAUUUAGCGCCAAAUUUAAUUAAUAAAAUGCUCUAUGAAGUUGAACCUUUAGACUAAAAUAUCGAUGAAACCUUAAUUUAGUAUUGCUGGAGAUAGUACAGAAAGUUUUAUAAAAAAUGUCAAGCAGAAUAUGAUGCGAUGGUAAAUGAAAACGAUAAUGAGUUUGAAGGUGAAUUUAGUGAAACUCAUCAAAUUGAUUAUGAUUAGAUCUCACAUGAUUCUUUAGCUCCAUACUUUAAAGUUCCUCCUUACAAAAGAAAACCUCAAUAUCGAUCUAUGAAUUUGUGUUACAAAAUAUAACAUUUGAAAAUUGUAUAGUUUUCUGUUAUUUGAUUUAAAUUUUAUUCUAAUGCAUAAUUGAUUCAGAAUUAUUAUGAAUAUUUAUUAUUAUAUUUUAUAAAUAAUAAUUUAACAAGAGAAGCUAUGCAUUUUCUUUUUUAGGGUAUUUAUCAGUUUAAUUCUUAGGAUUUUAUAUUCCUUGAAGGAAUUUCAUUUGAAUUAUUUAGUUCAAAAAAAUAAUAAAAUACAAAAAUUAAAGUCAUUAUUGAAGUCUUCAUUAAAUUUAGGAUUAGUUUAAAGGCUUCAUUAUAAAGUACUUGCAUUUUAUAAAAGGUGAAUUUUCAAUAAAUUAAAGAGGUAAUAAUUCAUAUACUAUAUUAGCAUUUAACAUUUUACAUUAUUUUCAAACAUUAUCACUUUCUAUUAUUCUGCUAAUAAAAUUACCAUUUGAAGAAGUAAGAUAAAUUUAAUUAUUGA